AUGUUGAAUGCACAUCGAUUACUGCGAAGUGAAAGGGACGACACACUGGGAAGACUCUGCGGCGAACACCGUGUGAAUACCGCAGAUGUGUGGCUCCCGCUCGCCCUCCUGCGGCCCGCGAGAGGGAAAGAAAACACACCAGUGCCCCUCACCGCAAGUACUCCUUUCCUCCUGCUGGAAGAGAGCACUGGGACAUUAAUAACACACCGGAAGGAUAUUUUAACUAAACUUCCUCUCCUGUUUGCAGAUGAAAGGAAUCUGGCUAUUCCAACAAGUGCCGUACCAGCGGGAUUCACUCUCUUUGUACAUGUGAGUAAAAAUAUGUCAAAGAAACGCAUCGCUAAAGGGAUGACGGUGUUGUACCGACCAAUCACAAGUGCGCAGGCUGUGGCUGAAGGUUCUGCUCUAGUAGAGCAAGACUUAAAAGAGAUGCGAAAACACACUCGUACUAGUAUUCAAAGUGGAUUGGAUAGUUCAACCGUUGCAGGAGAUGUAGACGUUACUUUAGAGAAGAAAAGAAAAAAACGAGAAAAAAGUGAUGCACUAUUUGAGGAAUAUCUACAACAAUCUAUGGAAUCCUCUAGUAAUGAUCAUAUAAGACAAGGAAAUGCUAUUUUAAAAGGGACUCUCACUAACCUUAUUCGUGUGCGUGAUGCGGUACCUCUUCACUUUAUUACACAUGGAAAACCACAAACAUCAAUGAGUGUAAAAGGAUUAACAUGGAAUAUACCGGAUAACCGAGUAAUGUAUCGCAUCUUUAGAAGAGAAGGAUCAUCCGGAAAUAGUGGUAAGUCUAUUUAUACAGAUGUUGCACGCCUUAUUGCUGUUUUUAUAAUUGAUGGUGUACUCCUUAAACGAGAACCAUUACAAAAUUAUCUACAGGAUAAACAACAUAAAUGGUCUUUACUAGAUACAGAAUUACCAUCUUUAGCACAUAAAUUAGCAGAAAAGGGAUAUCGCAUCGUUUUAAUGGAUCAUUACCCUUCACUACAUCAUGGAAAUACUUUGGCAUUAGAAUCAAAAUUGCAACCCAUCGCUGAACUUUGUCAAAAACAUUUUAGUUGUGAUGUGACUGUUUUAUUAUCAACAAUGUCCUAUGUGAGUGCCUCUUAUAGACGUGAUGGAAUGCCUUUUGUGCUUCCCUAUUCCGGUGUUUGGCAGUUCUUUAUUACGCAGUUGAAUAGUGGAUUACGUGCGGAUGCGGAUUCACUAUUGGUAGGCGCUUCCUCUGAUGUGAGAGAAGAUGCAGUUGAUCUCUUUUCUCAAGCGCAGCGAGAUGCUAAGUUUGCAAUGAACUGUGGUCUUCGUUGUAUGGAUGCAAAGACUUUAAAAGAAGAAAUUCUUCAAUCAUGA